GCUCCUCUCCCCGCCCCGUUCCCCCAGAGCGACACGGGCAGUGUUUACCCGCUCGCCGGCUGCCGCCGGUACAAUAAAGUUGGUUGUAUUGAAACCGGCUACUUCCGGUGUGAUGGCGGCUCGCUCUGGCGGGCUGCGAGCGGCGGGUCUUGGGGCAUCAUGUGGGGCAGGCCGCUCGGUCGGGGUCGUGGCGAGCUGGGCGGCAUGUCCAAAGGGGAGCUCGAGGAGCUGCUGAGGCGGCAGCUGAAGCUGAAGGCGAACAAGAAAUUUAUUCAGAACUUGCCAGACAAGGGUAAACGAAUCAAUGAGUUCAUACAAAAACUUGAGACUGCAAUUGCUUACCAUGAGGAAGUGGAACAGAUGGCAGAAGCACUUUCAGCAGUUAAACUGGAAUUUCAGAUGAAGCAGGACGUGGCAGAGAUCUUUGCUAAUGAGAGUGUAACAUCAACUCAAACUGCAGGGCAGGUUGUUAGCAAUAAAUCGGUGCAGAAAGAUACGAGUGCUUUGUCAAAGAUAGAUGUUAAAGGAGGUGUUAAGAAAGAGAUUUCUGAAGUAUGUAUUGAGAAUCAAGAACCAAGUCCUGAGAGAGCCACAGCAUUAGAGCGAGAGCAAGCAAUCUGUCACACGGCUAAGGCAGCUGUGAAAAAUGAGAACUCUCUUGACAACCAGAACACCAAGCAGGAAGUAAACAAACACACCGAUCUGCAAAUUGCCACAAAUGUAAUCGGAACAGAUUUUGACAAAACAGCUGAUUUGAUUAGUGAUAAAUUUGGUGCUAUCUUCCUAAUGGAAAAUGAGCACAGCAAGGUGCAGAAGAAAAUACCUGAAGAACCAACCAUAGCUGACAAUAUGAAAUUAAACGACAAUCCCUUUUGGACUCUACACCACCAAAUGAAGAAAACUCCUCAUUAUAUUGAUGUACUGCAGCAAAGAGCUAUAAAUCCAGUGGUGAAGAAAGCACAAUUUAAAACUAACUGCCCAUUAUCUGGAUCCCCUGGUUCAUCUCCAGACCAGUCACCUGGCAGAUCUGAGUUGAAGCUUUCUCCUGCAGAACGGAGAUUGAGAAACCAGAAACACCUUGAUGACAUCACAGCAGCUAGACUACCCCCACUUUACCAUUCUCCUGCUCAACUAUUGUCUGUUGAAGAAUCUGCCAAAUUGCAAAUGGCUCAAAAGGAGAAAUAUGAGUCUGCACAGGCCAAGUUUGCUGCAGAGAGACUAACACAAAGAGCGAAUAUUAAAGUAGUGACCUUUGAUCUGGAACAUGAAGCUACUCCAAUACAUCAAGGAUAUAGGGAUCCAGGAGACAGCAGUUCUUCAGAAGAUGAUCUAACAUGACAUUAAGCAAGUUUGAGAGUUGUGUUUUGGUUGUGAUAGGUUAGAGACUGGAAAUUGAUUUCCUUUAGCCAAAUGACAUCUCUAUGCAAAUACUUGUGUUAUUACAUCAAUGAUUGUUAAUAUAAUAAAUGGUCUUAUGUCCAUCCUUACUGAUGUAGGAACUGGCUGUUUAUGUUAAUCUUUUAAUUAAAUUUCAGCAAUGUUAGCAGUGAUGAGCAAUCACGGACUACAUGGGAAAUCAAUAAAUAUCAAUUUGCAUAUGAUGGAUUGCAGUGGAUGAUUGUAAUUGUGUCAGUUUGUGCCAUUCUGGCCUUAAUGCUGCUUGCGUCAUCUGCAUUAUGCUUGUUAAUCCAAGCAGAAGUCUCAUUGUUGAAAAUAUUUUUACCUUUUGUAACAAUGUAAAGUUACAUUUAGAAUGUCUGCUAUUAUUGUUUUAACAGUUUUGACAGUUAAGUGAAAUCUGAAUAUACAAAAUUUGGUAUAACUAUUUGUAUCACUGAACAUCGGUACUGUUUUUGAACAUCAGUACUGUUUUUGCAAACAGAAAUAUUUGAAACAUUACUUUUGUAAGAAAUGCAUAGUAAAUGCUUACUGAUCUCUAAUGUUUUGACUAAGAAUUUUCAGUGUGCGACGCAGCCAGACUGACACAAAACAAUUGUGGGCCUUUCAAACACCACUUGUGUUCAGAGCUUGAAUAUCCAUGCUGAGUUUUACUGGUUUAAAAGACAUCAUGCUGGAAGGCAGCCUUUAUUUCCUUCCAACGAAUCUAGUAAUACACCCAUUGUGUAUUUAUCACCACUGAGAGUUUACAUUUAAUUCUCUGUUUGUACAAUAGGCGCAAUUUGCACCAGAAUAGGCCAAUGCAGAACUUGUCCAGUUAUUUUUUCAAUCUAUGUGUGUGUAACGAUAUGAAUGAGAAAGAUUAGAUAUCUUAUUUAUACAGUUGCUUGCAGCUUCCAUGUUUAUAGUACCUUGGGAGCCAGCUGAUUAUAUUUCAGAAAUAUACAUACAUUCAGGAGAUUGGAAGGAAAGGGACCUCAUCUUUGCACUCUCUUGUUCUGCCUAAUUAAUUGUGGCCUUAAAGAUUUUUUACUUAAAAACUAUCGUGCUUGAAUUAGUCUGGUCAUAUUGAGUGCAUGCCACAAUGUCGGCCCAUUUCAUUUGGGUGUUUUAGUCUUGUAGAUCUUGCCGAGGGUAAAUAAGGAGACUGAUAAUUUUUAUAAUUGAUUACUGGAUUUGAACUGUGCAUUUUCUGCAAUGUUGUCAUUGUGUCAUUCAGUUCAGGGGGAGAUUCAUAUUUGAAUUUUCUUUACUGGUGGGAAUGGUAUUGCAUUGCACUGGGCUAUGGCUCCCUUAUGGUCUAAUAUCACCUUAUUUUCUAUUUCUUUUAUUAAUUGUUGAGUCUUUGUACAAAGGAAGUUGUGUUUGUGGAUUUAUAUUUAAAAAAUAUUAAAAAUUGGAAUUAUUUUUGACUAUUAUAUAGUUAAUGUAGUACUAGGUCUUUAUCUUUUCAUUUCAAAAGAUAAUUUUGUGCAGAAUUCAUUUUCAUUCUUCAUUCGUAAAACUCAAAGUAGUGGUUUACUGUUGCAUUAAAUUUGCUUGACCUAAGUUAUUGCUACCAAAGUGACAUGGUUAUUUUGUAGCAUCAAGAAGAACAUUAGUAUCUAUUAUGUAAGUUCUCAAAAUGUUACACAAUAUCUCCGAACAACCAUCAACGCUAAGUAACUCAUUUUCUUUACAUAAUUUCUUUGGUAUAAAAGCGUGUCAUAGUAAGUGAAUUCUACAUCCUUUUCUUGAAUAUUUUUCUUGCCACUAUCUAAAUUUGGUGUUUCUGAUUCAUUUGAGCAAAUACUGUCUUCUUAAAAUAUUGGAUUAAUGUGUUUUCAUUCGGAAGAAUGUUCCAGAAUGUGGUAAAACAAAAAAAAUCUGCUGCUGUUGGAAAUCUCAAAUGGAAAAUGCUGAAAACAGAGCAAAUCGGACAGCAUCUGUGGAAAGAGAAACGGCUGAAUACUUCGUCAAAAUGAGUGUUUCAGCAGUUUUCUGCUUUUAUUUAAUCAGUUCUUUCUUCACUGUUGGCUAAAACACUCUUUGUUUAGAAACAGUUUGAGAUGAAGGUUCAGUUAUAAUGAAAGGGGGAAAAAUAUCCCGGCAUGCCUGAAAAAUUGAACUGCAUGGAUAUGCUAUGUGCAAGGUUUUUUUACUUGUUUACCUAAUAUUAGAUAUGAGAUGGAGAUUGGGUGUUUUGAGGGAGGCUGACGAGAUCAUUCAAAUUACUUUGGGCCUCACUGUAGAACACAUAGGAAUGAAAAGUUGCAUAAAUUUAACCAAGUCAGACAAUUACUUAAUGAGAAAUAUUGUGUUUUGUUUAUUGGAGCUUCAUGUAAAGAGGUUAAUGAAAGAAUGUAUGGUGUUUUAGUGCCUCUUAAUAGAUUUUGUAGUAAUUUGUGGAAGUGCUUAGCUUUAUCAACCCUUGCUCUUGGUUGUUUAAAGCCUGGCAUUUCUGUUUUAUUGCAGUUUGGAAGCAUAUCUUGAUUGUAAACAAAUCAAAAAUCCAUAGAUCCUUGGAGCCAGCUAAUGAAAGAGGACACUCAGUGUGGUUGACUUACUCAGUCCAAUCUUCUACCCAGAGGUUACUAAACCUCAUUUGGCAACAAGUACUUGGCACUGUUAACAUAAGUUUAUUGUCUUCCAAUUUGCAUCAUGAUGGAAAAUUGGACAAUAUCAAUUUCUUGCUUUUUUAAAACAGAAUGAAAGCAAUGAAUCUUCAUUUUAACUUUAUUUUAAGGUAAUGCAGUUUGGAUGGUAGAAUCAAUAGUCUGCAGUGGAUAUUCUGUUGCAGAGUAAAAACUAAAGUAUGUAUUCUUGGGACAUGUUUCACUGCAGCAUAGAUACCUUUUCUUUCUUUUAACAUGUGCUGAGAUUGAUUACAGGCAAAGUUUUCUGCAGGCUAUCCUAACGUAAUAGUAGGAUUUGGUUUUGAUAUUUUAAAAAUGCUACUGUUUACUCAACACUGCACUGAAUAAAAUAUCACUCCUAUUUUGUAUCCCUGUUUUUAUUUUAAUGUAACUUCCAUUAAAUUUAAAAUGCAACACAAAUAAAUAGAGCAAUGUUGGCAAAGAAGUGGGAGCUGAACCAUUGCAUAAUAGUUA